GUAGCGGGCUGAGUCCGGCUGCGAGUGGGGCGCCGGCGGUCCGGGGCUCCCUGGCGCCACAGCCCGGGCGCUCUCGGCUCCCAGCAUCCAGAGUCCGGGAGAAACGUCCCGACAGCGCGCUCCCAGGGAAUCAGCGGCUCCGGGAAAAUGGUCCAUCACUUCUUGCUGCUCCUCCUUCUCCACUUGGUGCAAGCCACUGAGCGCCCCGAGGGUCGGGCGGAGGAGCAGAGCCUGGAGGCGGCCCUGGCGGUGCCCAACACCUCGCACUUCUUCUCCUGGAACAACUAUACCUUCUCCGACUGGCAGAACUUUGUGGGCAGGAGGCGCUACGGGGCCGAGUCCCAGAACCCCACGGUGAAAGCCCUGCUCAUCAUGGCUUACUCCUUCAUCAUCAUCUUCUCGCUCUUUGGCAACGUGCUGGUUUGUCAUGUCAUCUUCAAGAACCAGCGAAUGCACUCGGCCACCAGCCUCUUCAUCGUCAACCUGGCGGUGGCAGAUAUAAUGAUCACGCUGCUCAACACCCCCUUCACUUUGGUCCGCUUUGUGAACAGCACGUGGGUGUUUGGGAAGGGCAUGUGUCAUGUCAGCCGCUUUGCCCAGUACUGCUCCCUGCAUGUCUCAGCACUGACACUGACGGCCAUUGCUGUGGACCGCCACCAGGUCAUUAUGCAUCCUUUAAAGCCCCGAAUCUCUAUCACAAAGGGUAUCAUCUACAUCACUGUGAUCUGGAUAAUGGCUACCUUCUUCUCGCUCCCACAUGCUAUCUGUCAGAAAUUGUUUACCUUCAAGUACAGUGAGGACAUUGUGCGCUCCCUAUGCCUGCCAGACUUCCCUGAGCCAGCCGAUCUCUUCUGGAAGUACCUGGACCUGGCCACCUUCAUCCUGCUGUACAUCCUCCCUCUGCUCAUCAUCUCCGUGGCCUAUGCUCGUGUGGCCAAGAAGCUGUGGCUGUGUAACACGAUUGGCGAUGUGACCACCGAGCAGUACCUGGCCCUGCGCCGCAAGAAGAAGAAAACCAUCAAGAUGCUGAUGCUGGUGGUGGUCCUCUUUGCCCUCUGCUGGUUCCCUCUCAACUGCUACGUCCUCCUCCUGUCCAGUAAGGUCAUCCGCACCAACAAUGCCCUCUACUUCGCCUUCCACUGGUUUGCCAUGAGUAGCACCUGCUACAACCCCUUCAUCUACUGCUGGCUGAAUGAGAACUUCAGGGUAGAGUUAAAGGCAUUACUGAGCAUGUGCCAAAGACCCCCCAAGCCUCAGGAAGACAGGCCACCCUCCCCAGUUGCCUCCUUCAGGGUGGCUUGGACAGAGAAGAGCAAUGGUCGGAGGGCUCCACUACCUAAUAACCUCUUGCCUUCCUCGCAACUCCAGGCUGGGAAGACAGACCUGUCAUCUGUGGAACCCAUUGUGGCAAUGAGUUAGAGGAGGUGGGGAGAAGGCAGGGGAGGAUCUGCCUCCAGCGUAGAUUGGAAAAUGGCCUAUCCUCUUGUGCAUGAUCUUCACAGUGCUGGAAACAAGUUCCUACAGAAACAGUAGGACUCUUGAGUUCCUAGGAAACUGCCUGGCCUUCUAGCCCCAUUUGAAGUGCAAACUAAAAUUCAAUUACCAAUUAGACAUCUGUUCAUAAAUUCCUAUUUAGAAAAUGCUAUGAGGUAUAGCACCCUGGAUCUCUGAGCAAGAGAACCAAGGCAACCUCAGCUCAGAUGGGGGCUGAAUCAGUCAAUGGACUCCAACUGUUGGGCAGCUACCUUAUAGCCCUUCUGACUGCUGAGCAUCCACAGAGGAAACUUGAAGUCAUCCUUUGGGUGCAGCUGACCCACAUGCACAGAGCUCUGCUGAAAACAGAUUUGCUGGCCAGUGAGAUGUUAGCAAGCUAGAGCAGGUAUAGAUUUUCAUGCCUUGCCUUCUGAAGUCAUUGGACCAAGAUAAAUCACAAUUUUUCAGUAGAUUAGCUCUAUACAUGACAAGAAAGGACCAAAUUAGUUUCCUUAAAACAAACAGAAAUCAUUAUUUCCACAUUGAAAAAUUCAGAAAAGCACAAAGAAAAAAAAACAUCUUUUCAUCCCAUCAAUUUGUGAUCACCUCUGCUAACGCUGUGAAUUUAUUUUCAUCUUUCCCCUUUGUGUGUAGACGUGUAUAUGUAUGCAUGUGUGCAGUUUUAAAAUUCGGAACUAUACGUUUCCAUUAGAUUGUAAUGGUCAACAAGGAACAGGGGUGCAGCAGAGUACUCAUGAGCCUCUCUCCAAGAGUAGUCCAGACAAAUCAAAGAAGAGGUGAGAGAGGAACCCCAAAUGAAGACUGUCCCCAAGCAUACAGAACUGGUUUCAUCUUGCAGCCAACGAUGGCCCCGCACCAGCUAAGGUACCUCUCCCCAGAUGGUGGUCAUCAUGGUGAUCCAGGAGAUAAGACACAGCCAUGAGGUAUAAUUCCUUUUUUCUUACAAUCACACAGAAACAAAAGGGGGUGAAAUGUUGUUCUGUUUUCACAGGAAAUGAGGGAACAGCCUUUCCAAUAUGCUGGAAAUAACUGUGCUGAGCCACUUCAUAAACCCAAGCUGUCUAGACAGGCCAUUUCUCUGUGUUGUCUGAAUAAUGAGAUUUUUUUCACACCAGUUUCUGAAAGAAGACUCACUGUCAUCAUCACCUUGGCAAUUCACAUGUCACUUCCAAAAACCUAUGGUAUCCUUAAAGAAAGUUUUUCCUUAAGGGCCCACUUGCCAGAAAAAUCUCAUUCCAGAGACUGAAUGUUUUUGUCACUUUCCGUCUGGUCCUGACUUGACUCGCAGUGUCAACUCAGAGAGAGACUUGUCAGGCGGAAUUGAGCUUAAUUCUCUAGCCCUGAACAAUUGCUACUGUCAUGCUGGGUUUAGGUUUUUUACCAGCCCUGGAGAAAUCCUGAAAGGGAAGCAUGCAGAUGGAGUUGAAUGGGAAACAGUGUUAAGGGAGAAGGGUUUGGCCAAGAUUCACUUAUAUCUCCAGGCAGUUAAUUGAAACUGAACUUGGUUUCAUCAUCUGCUUCUGUAUAAUGAACCACAAGAGUUUCUUACACUGGUCUAUUUAUGAGGAUGUUAGAACAUUUUCAAAAUAGAAAAAAAAAAUUUAACAAUCAUCUUUUUCUGAAAAGUGGAUUUAAAAAAUGACUUUCAUGGGGGCUGAGAGCAUUUUCUAAGUCCAAACGGAUCCCCAAGUGAGUUUUUUCAGGCUAAAUGGCUCCUGUGUUUGUUCUUGUCUGUGAUGUCAGGAAGCAGCUUUUAGUCCCUCUUCAUGCUGCCAAUAGAAAUUCUAUGAACCAGAACCAGAAGAGGCAGCAGGGAUAUAGAAAGUGUGCCCUGCUCUGGACUCAUGGAUAGGGACAGCUUCAUCCCCUUGUCUUUGAAGGUGGCUAGAAAUACUGCUGAGUUAUGAGAAAACCCUUAAGUCUGGGUCUCCUGUUGUCACCUGUCUGCCCCUUUCCGUGUGUUUCCUGUGGUCCUCAGAGCAAACAGUGACUUGUAAUUGUGAACGUGAAAUUUGUAAAACUUGAGUUUUCUCAGUGUGAUAUACAGAAUGCUUCACUGUAAAUUGUUCCAGUCUCAAUAAAAUAUCUUGUGUGUGUGUGUGGAGGCUGUGCCACUUGGGUUGGUGAUUCUGUCACACCUGGUAACCUUUAAAAUGGGGAUCAACAUGGA